UGGCGACACGUUGACUGCUUUUAUGCAAAUGUAGAUAGCAUAGUUUUGAUACAAUGAAUAAAUAUUGACGUGCAACUCGCUGACGUAUGUGUGUCACUGAGCCGGCUUUGCGUUAUUCCAGUUUAUUUCUUUCAACGCAAGUUUUAUAACCUGCAAAAGAUGAGGAUUGUACAGUUUCGAAGAAAUCGCUUGUUCUACAUAUUGGUCGGUAGUACAUUUUUUCUGCUAGUUUUAUACAUUCUGCUUAGUUUCUCCUCAGACAAUCAUAUGAACAAUAUAAAAGAAUACUGGGUGCAAGGUCUUGGAAAGAAACAGGUACCAGUGCUUAUAGAAGGUUUAGGAAAUUUUGAGCCACGUGAUUUAUCGGUUAAAACUGGUCCUGGAGAAGGUGGUAAAGCACAUAUUUUAAGGGAUGAUCAGCAGAAUGAUGUCCAGCAAUCAGAAUCAGAUUAUGGUAUGAACAUGGUAUGUUCUGAUGAGAUCUCGUUGUCAAGAUCAAUACCAGAUAGUAGGCCAGAAGAAUGUCGGCAUUGGAAUUAUCCAGAGGAGUUACCACGCACGAGUGUCAUUAUAGUUUUCCACAAUGAGGGUUGGUCUGUUUUACUGCGAACUGUCCAUAGUGUCAUAGAUCGCACUCCAUCAAAAUUCUUAGAAGAGAUUCUUCUUGUUGAUGAUUUUUCUGAUAAAGACAAUUUGAAGGGUGAUUUAGAUUCUUACAUUGAGCAAUGGGGAGGAAAAGUCAAAUUAAUUAGGAACUAUGAAAGGCAGGGCUUAAUACGAACGCGAUCUCGAGGAGCGCGUGAAGCCAAGGGUGAAGUUAUAGUAUUUUUAGAUGCACAUUGUGAAGUCAAUGUGAAUUGGUUGCCUCCGCUUUUAGCACCAAUUGCUGAAAAUAGAAAUGUAAUGACAGUUCCUGUGAUAGAUGGCGUUGAUCAUAAGACUUUUGAAUAUCGUCCUGUGUAUCAAGAAGGACACUUGUAUAGAGGAAUUUUUGAAUGGGGCAUGCUGUACAAAGAAAAUGAAUUGCCCAGACGCGAGGCCAAAACGCGUGCGCAUGACAGUAUGCCAUACAAAUCACCUACACACGCUGGUGGUUUAUUCGCGAUAAACCGACAAUACUUUUUAUCACUGGGUGGAUACGACGAGGGAUUGCUAGUUUGGGGAGGAGAAAAUUUCGAACUAUCUUUCAAGAUAUGGCAGUGCGGCGGAAGCAUCUUAUGGGUGCCGUGCUCGCACGUCGGGCAUGUUUACCGCGGAUUUAUGCCUUACACAUUUGGUAAACUUGCUCAAAAGAAGAAAGGACCAUUGAUAACUAUUAAUUACAAACGAGUUAAUAGAAACGUGGUUCGACGAGAAACACAAGGAAUUCUUUUAUACCAGGGAACCAUUGGCCCGACUGCUCGAUCAUGGUGAUAUAACCGAGCAGCUGGCUUUCAAGGAACGAAAAAAAUGUAAGAGCUUCCAGUGG